AUGGUUAGGAUUCGGUCCAUCGUGAUUGCAUGCAUCUUGCACAUUAGUGCUGCAGCUGCGGAGGACGGAAGCUGCUCUGCCGACAAUGCGGCGGCAGGCUCCUGCAUAAUGGAUGAGGCUUCCAAAAUCGAGGAGGAUAUGGCGCGGCUGUGCCCGCUCUUGAGAGCCGGGUCGGCUUUCUACGCCUUUACUGGGCGUUUUCUGAGUCGAACAACAGGGACGAUGUCCAUGGCGUCUUUGUGGCCGCGAGGUGUACAUCCAGAGCUCUUCGCAGAUGAGUACACCGUGUCUGUCCUGACAAUCGUGGGCCGGAUCCUUCUGGGGCUCUACAAAACCCGUGACAAGUCCUACGUCAACAUUCCAACGGCGAUGCUCGACCAUGACGAAGUCCUGGAUGUCGAAAACAUUCACGCACCUCUGUAUGAUGUUGAUGGCAGUCCCAACUUCUAUUGGUUUGAGGCGAUCUUUCCACAGUUCAUCCUGAGGAGGUUGUACGUGCCGUUGAUGACUUGUUUCUACAGCGGCCUGCGGAAGAUGAACACCGAUGCCGAAGGAAAUAUGGAUGAUGCGCUGGACGAUCCGGCUUACAAUACAUGGGAAGCGGUCUUGAAGAACUCGAACAUGAGCAAAAGAGACUGGGUCCUGAGCUUCUACGACAUCGCACACACCUGGGAUGGCAACCCCUUGUGGCCAAAGCAGAUGACGGACUUCAGUGUCUACUUCAAGAAGGAUGAGUGGGAGGAUCAACUGGAGCGCGCCAUUGCCUUCCACCUCAUCGGCACACACAGGCUGGAAGCUGGCUCCUUCUCCGUGGAUGUGCCGGGCAUCGGCAGCAUGAAGCUUCCCUACAGGAUAGCGCUGAACGUCUUCAGCGACCUGUCAGUACGGGAUGGUUUUGGCAGAUAUGGCGUGGACUUGUACUUCAAUGAAGACGAGCUGCCCGUUCUUCUGGUGACCCCAGAUAAUCACACGGUCGCGCGAGGAGAUAAGCAGUGGCAGUACUGGAAGUUUGUGUGGAGAAGCACCUUAAUCACAGGCAUCACGCUGGUCGACCACCUUCACUUCACGCAUUUCAGGACUGCGAGCUUGCUUUCGCGGGCCAUUCGAAUCAAGCUGCCAUCUGAUCAUCCCCAGCGGCGUCUUAUGUCUAUUUUUACAUUUGGUUCCAUUUUUGUCAACAUCCAGGCAACUCACGUGCUACUGGGUACAAAUCAUUUGCUUCACCGGGCUACCCCUUUCUCGCACUUUCUCAAGCUGAGUCACAAAGUCCCGAAAAUGCUUGAUGAUGUCACCGAUGCGCCAUCGAUACAGGCAAUAGUGGAAGAUGCAGUGUGGAAUGAGAAGCUUUCUCCUAAGUUGCGGUCAUUACCUUACUACGCUGAUGGCCGACUUCUUUGGGAGACGAUCAAGAAGUUUAUAACAGACAUAUUUCAGAGAAGCAACGUAUGCACGGAGGAAGACGCUCUUCAACCGGCAAUGGCAAACUUCGGGAAAGAGCUUCUGGCUGAGACCAUCGAGGAGCCGCGUAGAUCUGGCCAUGCCCGAAGAGUGUCCUGCUUCAUGACAGUGGCAUGGAUGAAUGACUGCUGCGAUGCAGAAAGCACGCGUACGUAA